AUGGUUUCAAGUCCUGCAGUGAGAAGAAUUUUCAACAGCCGCGAUGAGAAUAUAACUGACUUAACUGCGUCCUUUUAUGAGCUGGAACCUUUUGAUUCUAUUGUACAAGCAUUGCAAUGGAGGCAGAUAAAAAGACGUUUGCCUUCGUGUAUGAAAAAGACACUACGGAAUCGAUUUAUGCUGCCAAACAUUAUCUAUGUAGGUUAUGCAAUAGGUCUUUUAGUCAUCGAUUUCAAUGAAAAUUUGAAUACAUCAUCCAACAAUACAUCAGGUGCAAAUGCUACAAAUGCCAGUAAAGUACGAACGUCGAUUCUUGAUCGGCCAAUACAAAAUGAUCCGUAUGUGAAUCAACUAUAUAUCGGCUUGGCGAUUGUUAGUAUAAUCAUGGGUUUUCUAUAUUGUUGGGCUUGGCGCAAUCGAUCACUAUUUGAUAUUGUAAUGAUACCUGAAUACUUGAAUUUGGUGCAAGCAGGACUUUAUUUAUGGUCCGCUACUUGUUACUCUAAACAAGACACUCUGGGCGGUUAUUAUACGAUGGCAGUACAUAAAAUCGAACUUACUGCAUCUGUGAUUGGACUGUUUGCCGCCAAGGGUUGGCUCGUAUCAUGGUACAUGACUUAUACCCGGGUAUUCGGGAGAGGUUACACUCUGGAUGAUCCAGAUAUGGUUUCUUGUCUGGCAACGGUAGCUAACGCGAUUAUCUAUCUUGUAUAUAAUAUACAACUCAAUGUUUCACCUGAACAGUAUGAAACUAAUAUGUUAUAUAAAUCUGCAGACAUUGUUGACUUUGUUGAUGCAUGCUUUUGUGUAUUUGCCUGUUUACGAGAUGAUGACUGGCUUUGGUUUCUUCCGUUGGCUGGACAAUACGGCAUCGCAUUAGGACGCGUUCAAGUAGAAGCGAAAACUUUACCACAAUUUGGCAAAACUCCAAUACUUCUAACAAGUAUGUGUCGACGAAGAAUCAACACAAAACAGAGUCGAAACUAUUGGAAUAUAAACAAACGCCAUGAUAUCAUCACUGUACCGAUAUUUGCACCAACUCUAGAGAACUCUGUCACGAUAGAUUCAUGA